UGCUGGUGUGUCAAGAAAUUUAAGAACGAUAUCGUAUAUUUCGAAUUUACCGGAGCGCGCCGAAAUUCCGAAAACGAGGAAUCCAAUUUUUACGCCCGGCCCGGUAAACAACGUACCUUCACGUCGCUUUUUCUUGUGAAUUUCCGAAAUUUCCGUUGAUAUUUCCGUAUAAAAAAUAUCCGUAUCGACAUAAACAUUCUGCGCGGUUCGUCGGUUGGUUGCUUUUCGCUGUGUAUGGCUUGAAAGUGAUUAUUGACUAAAUAAUAAAUAAACUGUGCGCGAUUGAUAACUCAAAAUGAUAAUAAAUAAGAGUCAAAUAGAAUCGUAGAGCAAUUGCAUUUGGCUUGGCCAAUAUUGAGAGACGGUGGAGAGCGGCGGGAUAAACCAACGGUUAUUAUUUCCCCCCCUUACACUCGAUCCGUGCAACGGUUAAUCCCACGACGAAAGAAGAGAGAAACAACGGGGAACGGAACGUGAAGAGGAGGAACUGAUCAAAACAAAGCGUAUGCGGCAGUAAUUCUGCAAUUGGUAGAAUCUCCCACACACCACAGAAGAAACCCGCAGAACCAAAAAUGUUCGAGAUAGAGGACUAUUCGAGCGGCAUACACGAUGGUUUCUUCAACAAAUACGCGGAUGCGGCUGGCCCUUCGCUAGACUUUUACGUGUCCGACUCGAUGCAGGACAUGCUGGACGUGGACAUCCGGGCGGAGAUAGCCAGCACAUUGGCAACCUCUAGUGACCUGACCUCGCUGGACCACGCCCUGGAGACGAUUUCGGCCAUCAACAACAACACGAGCAGCGGCAGCAACCUGCCGGUGGCAUACAACGCCAACGCCAAUUUCCUGGCCAGCAGCACGCUGCACGCCUCGCCGACGGCCAAGUGGAUGGGCUCCUCGGCCAACUUCUGGUCGAACACCGACUACUACGCCGAUCUGGGGGCCUGCGUGAAUCCCAUUUCGGUGAUGCCGCUGAUCAACUCCGCUGUCUGCUCGGCCUCCUCCAUGCUGGGGUCGCCGCGCAGGGGCAAGGCAGCCACUUCCACACAGUCGCGGGCCGUGCCGGCAUCGCCAUGCGGGGACCGGGACCAGCACAAGUCACAUCUGACCUUCUCGCCGGCCCAGAUGAAAGUCAGCGCUGGAUCGCUGCGCCGAGAGCAAGUGAGCGCACACAUACCCAAACAGAUUUCGGUGGUAACCGGCACCGGGAGCACAGCACCGGCCACCAUGGCCACCAACUCGGUGCUGCAGCGCCGAAACUCCUCGGCGGUGGAUGCGGUGCGCAAGGAUCUGGGCACGGAGCUGCGCAGGGCCCAGUCGCAGUCCAGUCCGUCUGAGGAGGGCGGCAACAAGACCUCAAAGACCUCCUCCAACCUGCUCACCACCGGAGGCGUCUCCACCAACACGAUCAAGCUGGCGCCCGGCAUCGGGGGCCUGACCUUCGCCAACAGUGCCGCCUACCAAAAGCUGAAGCACCAGUCGUCGGCCAAAUCCCCCAACGGCUCGUCCCCGAGCUCGGGCAACGGCAUGGUCCUGAAGCGGGAGGAGGCCUCCAAGCGCGGUCUGCUGCAGCAGGGGAGCACCACACCAAAGAGCAUCGCCUCGUCGGCCCAUUCGCCGCACCACCAGAUGCAGAGCAUGGGCUCGCCAUCGUCCGGCUCGUCGCUGGCCUCCUCCUCGCCGCUCAGCAAUGGCAGCAACCUGGUCAACAUCGCCAACAACAGCAGCGGCAGUGCUGGUCUCGUCAAGCCGCUGCAGCAGAAGGUCAAGCUGCCUGUCGUGGGCAGCGCCUUCCCCAAGCCGGCCUACUCAUACUCCUGCCUCAUCGCGCUGGCCCUGAAGAACUCGCGGGCCGGCUCGCUGCCCGUCUCGGAGAUCUACAGUUUCCUGUGCCAGCACUUUCCGUACUUCGAGAAUGCGCCGAGUGGCUGGAAGAACAGCGUGCGGCACAAUCUGUCGCUGAACAAGUGCUUCGAGAAGAUCGAGCGCCCGGCCACGAACGGCAAUCAGCGCAAAGGCUGUCGCUGGGCCAUGAACCCGGAGCGCAUCACCAAGAUGGACGAGGAGGUGCAGAAGUGGUCGCGCAAGGAUCCACAGGCCAUACGCUGCGCCAUGGUCUAUCCGGAGCACCUGGAGUCGCUGGAGCGCGGCGAGAUGAAGCACGGAUCGGCCGACUCCGAUGUGGAGCUCGAUUCGACGUCGGAGAUCGAAGAGUCCUCCGAUCUGGAGGAGCAGGACUUCGACGACACCCUUGUGGAUGCGAUGCUCGUUGAGGAGGACGAAGAUGUCGUGGACGAGGAUGAGGACGACGAUAUGCUGGGCGAGUUCGAGGCCGAGGAAGAGCUACUCGCCAGCCACCCCGCUGCCAGCCAGUCGAGCCAUCACCUGCCCCUUGACCACGUCCUGCUCCGCCAGAAGAGCAGCGACUUUGACAUUGAGGUGAGUUUGGAAAGGCACCUGGUCGAGAAGUCUUCGUUGCUAUACGAGAAGGUCGACGAACAACUGUACGAUGCCAUCGACAUCGUGGACGAUAAGGAGGCAGUGCGCCGCACCAUAGCCAGCGGCCAAGGCACACACAUCAUCGAGCUGAAUCCGGCCGAUCUGAAUGCGAACCACAACGGCUACCACCAUCAGCAGCAGCAGCAGGCGAAGCGUGCGCGUCUGGACAUUAACUAUGCCAUCGGCCCCGCCGGCGAGCUGGAGCAGCAGUAUGGCCAGAAGGUGAAGGUGCAGCAGCUGGUGCAGACACAGGCGCAGCCACAGCCGACCACAUACAAUCGCCGCAAGAUGCCGCUGGUCAACCGCAUCAUUUAAAGGGGCAAAGGCCAAGCCGCCCCGCUCUCUUUCGAUUUGCACAAACCACACACCAUGCAGUACCAUAGUAGUAGCCAUGGAUGUUUCACACACACGCGCAUAAAUUAAAUAGCAUACACUUAGUGCUAGGCCCACGCUACAUAGUAUAGGAAAGAAGCCCCCUUGCUACGCUUAAACGUAUCCCUAAGAACAUUUUCGGUAAUCAUUUGUCAGUUGUACCCGUGCCCAAUACCCAUCUAAACUGAUUGAAAAUCAGAAAUUAUACAUUUUAUUACUUUGGAGAUCUAAUUUCUCUCCAGUUAAGCUUACUUUGAAUCUUUUUGUAGUCCUUAUUAAUCUGUGGUCGAUUUUCGAAUAAAUCUAUGCCAAUAAUUGUAAA